AUGGCUGAUAUCGUACAGUUAUUAUUUACAUUAGUACAGACCGGCGAAGACCUUUCCUCAGCAGAGCCACAAAUUCAGUCGGAGUUCCUUAAAUUGAUUUCCAAUCCAGAAUUUUAUUCUUUACCAUUAGAAGUCAUCGGCUAA